CGCUGCCCUGAGAAGAACAUUCUGGUGGCUGACACUAUGAAGGGGACACUGCUUAUGCUGGCCUUGCUGGUGACCCAGGAGCUGGGCAUCGAGAUGGUGAAAUCUUGCCCCAUUUUUUAUUCUACCUUUGGUGCCCUGGCCAUUGGAGAGAGGUUUCCGCUGGACCUCAACCUUGAUGUAGUAGGUGCUACUGAACCAGAAAAAGAAGCCUUAGAAAAAAUCCAGGAUUGCUACAAUGAGAAAGGACUCCUGGCCAAGGGCUUGGAUCUGAUUGUCAUGAUUACCAUCACCACCAGCAGCCAGUGCCUCUUGGAAGCCGUGGCCCCACUGAAGGAUGCCGUGGUCUCUUUGGGGAGAUGAAUCUUUGCCCCGGAUGCCCAAUCCCGACACCGGUCCUCACCUCUGUCAGUCUCUCUCAGGCUCGCUGUAAUAAAGUAACUGCAGCUUA